AUGGCCUUUCCUUCUUCGUGGGAGAUUAUGGACCUCAUUUUUAGUACUCCUCCUACUUUUCUCCCUUCGGGUGGGUCUGAUGAUGUGAGUUGGAGCCCUGCUGCUAGUGGUAAAUUCACUAUCCAGUCCACUUGGCAUGUUUUGAGGGCUCAUUUUGUUCCUGUGAACUGGUCUAAGCUUCAUAAUAUCCCCAAAGUGAGCUUUGUGGUGUGGAUGGCUAUACUUUGCAGAUUGAACACUGGUGAUAGGUUAAAAAAAUUUGGUGUGACCCAAACUAGUGAGUGUGUCUUCUGCCAGCACCUUUGUGAAGAUCGCAACCAUCUUUUCUUUGAGUGUCCAUUCUCUGAUAGAGUGUGGACCUGUAUAAAAGGAAAGAUGAAUAUUGAUUGGCCAUCAAUUCCUUGGGGUGAUUUGGUUCAGAUUAUUGCAACAUCUGUUAAAGGGAAAUCUUUAGGGACUAUUAUUACCAAGCUUGCCUUUACAUUUACUGUGUACCAGUUAUGGAUUGCUAGGAAUAAUAGAGUCUUUGGUAAGGAUAUGGUCCCUGAAGAAGUGGUCAUAAAGCAUAUUGUAGACAUGGUUCGAUUCAGGGUUAUGCAGAUAAGAAAUUUGAAUUCACAGCAUACUGAUCGAUGGUACUUGAGUUCGUGGAGAAUUCCUCAUGCUGUGCUGAAACAUGCUGAACCUGCUGUGAGGGAUGUGUAUGGAGCAUUGUUUCUUGAGUGA